AUGUCAUACAACCACCGUCCACUCUCGCCUGGCGGGCGCCGUGUGCACAACGUUGGCCGCGUGUCCGACCAGGCGCUCAACAACCCAUACUACGACCAACGGCACAACUCAUAUGCUUCACCGCGAAGCAGCGGAACCACCUUCAGCGGCGGCACCAGCGGCGUCAUACCGAUUUCCACGCAGACAUUCGUCAAUGUUCCACCACCAACUCAGGCUCGACCAGAGCAGCGAUAUGACUCCUACUCAGGCCGACCGCUUGACUCUAGUGGCAGACCACGAAAGUCCUCGCUGGUGGACGUGAACCGAGCAAGCAGCUCGACCACACAGCUGCCAAGCCGAAGCCGACCGACCGUCAUCCAGCAGGACUAUGGUCGUCCGGCCUCCCCCAAGAAACCCGUGCGAGAAACGACUUCCACCACGAGCGACUACUACAUCACACCCGCUUCUUCCAUAUCGCACAACUCUCACAACACCUCUACAGCAACGCACAAGAAGCUUUACGCCGUAGAUGAUGGGACCGCCAAGCUGGUAGCUGACGUCAACAUGCCUGCCCCCGUCCAUGCAGGGGGAGAGAGGCACCACAGGAGAAAAGAAAGUGUCGAGCGUGGAUACGCAAAGCCUGGUGCGGAGCGUGAGCGUGGUAGGAAGCACUACUAUACGAACGGCACGCUCAAUCGGCCAAGAGAUAAGAGCAUUGACGAUGAAGGUGCAUACGAAUACACCGAUCCUGCUGCCAUGUAUAGAGACACAGAGCCACGGUGGAGGCCUGAAGCCCGGCAACGACGAGGCAGCUUGGACCGUGGAGGUGCCGCGAGCCGUGAACGUCCAGUCAGUGUACUCGACCCAACAUUUGGCACCCGAACGAGCACCAAGGAAGUCGGCCCGCCGCCAAGCACUCGAGGAUGGGAUAAGAUCAAUGACAACCUUGGCCGCACGUCUAGCGUCAGAGACCCUCCUCGAAUUGCGCAAUCGCCCACCAGAGGGAGGACUCACCAGGAUUCGGCGUAUGCAGACCCUCGUGACCAAUACUACGUGCCGCCAAGGACCAACUCCAUCGACCGCAGGCAAACGAUCCACAAUUACGACAACGCUUACGACUAUGAGGACUUUCGAGAGCCAAGGCGGGAACGCAGGCAGAGCAUCACGCGCGAAGGUGGUCGUACCGGCGAUAGGAGUCUCGAACGCCGAGGCUUUGGAAUCAACCGAGCGUUGUAUCGCCCAGAGAGCCAGACAAGGUAUGGCGGACGAGAUGCAAGAGCUAGCGAUGAGAGCAUCGACUACGCACGACAGCCCCAAGCCUCUGGCUUCGUGGCGCCAGUAUAUGUUGCACCGGUGGAACCUCAUCGCCGCGAGACCGCUCCAGCCUUCCCAAGCCAUGAUAGUGCUCGCCUAGAGCAGGAGAAGCGGGACCGGGAGUCUUCUUACCUGCAGCCUGAAGGCCAUAGAAGGACUCGGGAGCGUGGUAGCUCCGACGUUCGCGAUUACUCCAAAAUACGUGACCGAGACAUCUCCAGAGAGCCUCGACGUCGCGAUGACACAGCGUACACGGAUGAUUACGAUCGUCCACGCGAUCGAGAUUAUGAACGUGAUCGUGAACGGGAGCGGGAGCGAGCUCGUCAAAUGGAUCCUCCUUCAAACCGCGAACACGAACGUCACCACGAAAGGAGGUCAACUGCAGAUCGUAGAGAGCAAGAUCGUGAGAGAGAUCGCGACUAUGGUCGAAAGGAGAGCUCCCGCAAGGAGGACAGCCCUCGACAAAGCACUGACGCUGGUAACUCGAAGCCUGGUCUUGCACAAGCUGCAACUGGUGGUCUUGCCGGAGCUGCAGCGGCUUUCGGGCUCAAAGGUUUGCUAAACAAGGUGACUGAAAAGCGUGACAAGGAUAAAGAAGACGAUCGAGACCAGGACAGGGACGACCGCAAAGACCGAAGCGAUCGCAAAGAACGCGAUGAACGCAGGGAACGUGACGAACGCAAAGAACGUGAUGAGCGAAAGGAACGCGAUGAGCGAAAAGAGCGCGAGGACCGUCGUAGUGGCGAAGACCGCGACUCCGACACACGCACACGUGAGAGGCGGCCUGCGAAAACGGCCAGUGAUGAAGGACGAAAUCCCGAACUUGACCGUCAGCGAGACAAUGAUCGCGGUCUUGGCUUUGCUUUCGAAGCUCCCCCAGAGCCGCCUCGCAGCGCUCCUCCAAAUGCGGCUGAAUGGAACAUGAGCCAGGAACGUCAAAACGAACGUAUUCCUGGAGAGUAUCCCACGCAAGAGCGCAAGCCAGACAGAGCAGCUGAGUGGAGUCAGCCCUCCAACAAUGAGCGCAUCCAUGACAGCAGGCCGGUCCAGGAUCGUGACCAGGAUCGUGCUGGAACGCGGGACUUUGCCGAUCGCGAGCCAUCAAAUGCUGGCGCUAAAGUGCAAAUGCCUAGCGCACCACUUGAUCCUGCAGAGGAAGACUACCGCCGCCGCAUGGAACAAGUUCAACGAGAGCUGGGACGUACUAAUGCCGAAGAUCCACGUGGUUCCGACUCUGAUCCCGACCGCGAACGCCGUAGGAGAGAAAGAGAGUCGCGCCAACGAGAGCGCGAGGCACGCAACGGCGGUCCAGGAUCCAGCUUGUCCAGUGGUAUCACUGACAUGCCUCCGUAUCCGUCAGCAAAGACAAGCUUCGAGCCAGACAAUCAGUCCACAAUGACAGGCCAGACUGGCACGAACACAGCCUCAUCCUUGGGAGGCGAGUUGAGGAGGAAGCCGAGCAUUCUCGACCAGCCUAUGACUGAUGAGCCAGCGCAAAUGGCGCAGAUCAUCGAUAACACCCAAAGUGAUCGGCGCGAGAACCGCGUCCGCAUUGUUGAUCCUCCUACGGAUGAGGAAGAGAGAAAUAACAAGCCGAAGGGUAUCCUCAAGAGGCCAACCCAGAAGUUCCCGGAAGACCCGAACGCCGUUCGUGAAGGUGUUGCACCACUUAAGGAUGCUACAAAGAAGGGCAUACCUCCCGGCGCCAGGUGGACCAAGAUCGAUCGUCGCCUUGUCAACCCUGAGGCAUUGGAAGCUGCACAUGAACGCUUCGAAGAGCGUCUUGACUGCGUCAUUGUACUUCGAGUGUUGACGAAGGAGGAGAUCCAGAAACUCGCUGACCGCACGCGCGAGAUCAGAGACAAGCGACACGAGGAAGACAAACAUGAGCGAAAGUCAUCACGCCGACCCGACCGCAACCGCGAACGACGAGACCGAGGCGAGUACGAGUACAGCGAUAGUGAAGACGAAUUCAAGGAGAAACAACCCAAGAUGCUCGAAGCGCCUUCCACAGUUGGUUCCACGAGCAACGCGGACUUUAUCCGUGAUAGCCGCGACCGAAGACACGAGCGCGAUCGAGAGGCUGAGCCAGCCUACAUGAGCGGCGGCAAUGGCAGGAAGGACGAGUCACAGAGUCGCUACUGA